UGUCAUCCCGCCUGUCAAGUCCGAUCCACCACCCAGAGGCCAAGGAAUCCUAGAGUUCUCUCGGUCACGUUGCGAUCAACAGGUAGGCGGCAGCGCGCAAGAAAGGCAUGCGUGCCGUGUCGCCAGCGGAAGCGCAAAUGUGACGGGGGAGAGCCCUGCACCAUGUGCACAAGCUACGAGUAUAGGUGCCGAUACAACGGCGAGGCCGGUGAUGGCUUGCGGGAAGUCAGCCGCUCGAAUAUCGGCUCGCACACACAGCGCCGUGGCCGGCCAAAUCGUUCCACUCUCUCAGCCGAUUCUGACUCGACAAGGGUUCUGCAGGAGCGUGAGGAUCAUGGCAGCAGCAGUACGGCCACUGGAGUUGAGUUUGCAAGUACGAUGGCAUUCCCACAUCUGCUUGGCAUCAGCCUGGACGCCUUUGAUCUGCCGCGACCGCAAUCUUUUGCUCACAACUCUGAGACGAGACGGGAAGGCCCAGAGCAAAGACAUCCCAACCUGCGCACAAUUCUUACAGAGAAGCAGCUUCAACACCUCUCCGCCAUCUAUUUUGGUACUAUCGGGCCCAUCGCGAACAUCAUCGACAAAGAUCACUUUGCACGGCGAUCACAGGACUACUAUCAGAGUUCGACGGACCCGCGAUCUCUCGCCUGUGCUCCAGUUGUGGCGGGCGUCGCUGCUCUAGGCUCGUUCUUGUCGCCGGCCAGACACCCGCACGAGUCUGAAAUGGCGCAGCACGCAAAAGUCGUCCUGGAAGACCCGUCACCGGCACGCAGGCUCGACACUGACCACGUUGCCGCAUGGGCGCUGCGGGUGCUCUAUCUACGCGCCACCACACGUCUAGACAUCGUGUGGCUGGCUUCCUGCACGCUGAUGCAUAUCUGCGAAGUUGUCGGCCUCCAUGACGAGAAAAUGAUCAGGAAGAUUGCAUCCAGAGAUGGAACCACACCGGCACAGCAGGACGAAGAAGCAGAACGACUGAGGCGGCUCUUUUGGUUCUCGUGGGCUGGGCACAAAGUCAUGGCGUACGAGUAUGAUCGUUCGGCUGUCCAAAUUAGGAGAACAACCUGUCGACCUGCGAAGCCGGUAUACGGAACCAUUACCAAUCAGUUUAUCGAACUUGCCCAAAUCAUCCCGCAGUAUGACUUGACCGCGAUUGAGGAGGAUGACACUAUCGACACAAGCAGCGACCUCUGUAUGCGGGUCAGGGAGCUGCGAGAGUUUCCAACUGCCCACCCGUUUCUCGCGGUCACUAAGGCAGACCUGGCAUUCUGCUUCUACCGCCGCCUGUACCACCUCGGCGUGUGCAUCCCAGCUAGCGUCCUUGAUUUGAUUGUGGAUAUUGGACACGAAGGUGUCAUUGCAGCUGCCCAGCUGGCUGGCAAAGGCCGGGUCUUCUGGAACGUCAUCGGCAGCGUCUUCCACUGCAUCAGUGUCUUGCUGGCGAUCGACACGCCCGCUGCGAUGGCGCAUCUCCCAGUGGCUGUUGGCCGGUUAGAGGAUAUCAGCAAGGUUGCACAUGCGCAUCUGGCGAGGGAGGCUUUAUCCAUGGCAAAACACCUGCUGAGCUUGAAGAUGGCGAGGAAACGUGCCGAACUUGCCCAGCUCGAAAGUAUCGGAGCUUCUGCGCAGAUGACUGCCGCCGGGACAUCAGUCGAUGCUGCCCAUGCGGACAAUCUCGAUAUGGGCCUGGAUGUCGACUGGGACCAGUUCCUCGUCGAGCCCUAUCUGUGGAUGCUCGAUUCGGUGCCUCGGUGAUAGACGCUCGCUGUGAGGAGACUCAAUUUUCCGGGGCGGUGUGAUUAUCGUCCGUGCAGUAGGCGCUACAGACAAAGCCAUAAACUCCUCACUUGCGGAGUUAUGAUUGCCUCCGGCGUUUGCGGUGUUAAGGUUUGGUCACCAAUGCCAGCGCUGUGGCGGCAGGUGCGGUUAUUGCGGAUGUUGCGGGAUGUUCACGAGGGGAGCGCAAGCACGGCGUGAUUCAACAGGCCGAGUUGCCUGAAAUUGAGGAGUCAAGGAGACCAGGCGUCACGGUGCGGAAUUCGUCUGGAUCAUUGGAACGGCGCGCAGUUUUCAAUUUGUGUAUAUAUAGAGAAGACUUUUUCUCCCUCCUUAGUGUUACAAGAACUCGUCAGAGCGAAGCACACCUAUCGAUAUCAACA